AUGGCGCUCGCCCGGCACUCUCACUUCCUGGCGCACUCCAGCAAUGUCAACUGCCUGCGCUUCGGCCGCAAGUCGGGCCAAGUGGCGGCGACUGGCGGAGACGACAACAUGGUGAACCUCUGGCGGAUGCGCGAGAAGGAGACCAAGAACAUCAUGAGCCUGUCGGGCCACCAGAGCGCCGUCGAGAGCGUCGUGUUCGACCCGGCGGAGCGCAAAGUGGUGGCCGGCUCCCAGGCGGGAUCCAUCAAGGUGUUCGACCUGGAGGCUGGCAAAGUGAGCCGCACGCUCAAGGGCCACAUGGCCUCGACCACGACGGUGGACUACCAUUUGUACGGCGACUACGUGGCCUCGGGCUCGCGUGACACCAUCGUGAAGGUCUGGGACCUGCGCACCAAGAGCUGCAUGCAGACCUUCAAGGGGCACUCGUCGGAGGUGACGGCGGUGAGCUUCACGCCCGAUGGACGAUGGCUCACGUCCGGUGACCAGGACGGUGUCAUCAAAAUAUGGGACCUCACGGCUGGACGCCUCCUUCGCGAGUUUCCUGACCACGGCGGCGCUAUCACCAGCCUCGAAUUUAACCCUGAAGAGUUCAUCCUGGUGUCCUCUGCUGCCGACCGCACGGUGCGAUUCUGGGACGUGCAGGAGUUUGCUCUGAUCGGUGUCACCCCCGUUGAUAACGCUACGACGACAUCGAUGUGCCACACGGUGGCUGAGCCGUACAGCGGGAAGUAUUUAUUUUGCUGUUCCCAGGAAGCCAUCCGAGUGUGGUCAUACGAGACUGCCAUUGAGUGCCACGAUAGUGUGAUGAUGCCGCGCCAGAAGGAUCUGGGCUACGUGGAGAUGCAUGCCGACACCACCAUGACGCAGGAUAUGAAACUCAUGGGCGGCUGCAUUCAGGACGCGUUUGUCUCGGUGUGGGUGCUCGAUGUGAUGCAGAUGCGACCAUUUAAUCGCAAGAACAGUCAAAGCAGCGACCAAAGAGCUGCAGAAGCCAGAAGUCGACCACCGUCCGCACGAGCAGUAACUCCAUCCGCUCCAGCUCCAGUAACUCGCCCUCCCACCGCUACUCCCACCGAGGCACUAGUUGUCGCUGGUACUCGGGAUGUAUCUCGGGGGUCUGGUAAUGGCAAUGCCAACUUCCCGGACAAUCUGGCACCACGCCCUGUAAGCGCGAGACAAGCUACGCCUAUUCACACAGAACCCCAACAAGUGGAAAGUCCGCCAGAAGCGGUUGAGACCCCAACGCCUUCACUUGCACAGCAGCGGCCCGAAGAAGAGUUCGCGACCUCGGAUUUCGUAAUGGAGCUUCGCUGUGGAAUGGAUACGUGCGUCAAGGCGUUCAAAGCCCGACAAAAGUGCGUGCAGCAACUACUGAUCCAUUGGGAAAAGGGGCGCUUGCACGACGGUCUUCGGUAUAUUGCCGAGUUGCCGCGAGGGAAGCGUGAAGCAGUUGUGGUCGACGUGCUGCGUAUCACGGACUUGCAAUCACUCGGUAUGGACUUGGAGGCGUGUGUGCUGCUACUUCCGCUAAUCGUGGAAGUUCUGGAAAGCAAGUUCGAACUAUAUUUAAGCGUUGGCAUCGACUCGGGGCAAAAGCUGUUCGAUGCGUUUUCCCCCAUUGUAAAGGACGCUCGAGAUGCUCGGCAGUACCGCUCGCGUGCCAUCAACCUAGCGGGCGAAGAACGGGCUCAACGGUGCAACGCUUGCGACGCGUAUUUUCAAGAAAUGCAGCAGCGCGUGCACCGCUUGGCUGAGAUCUGCAACUACUCCUCGCUCCAGAACAAGGUCAACGUGUUUGCCCGAUCACUUGGCGACUUUUACGGGCGAUAA